UGAUGCUUUAUUACCUCAGCCACUUUCCCGGCGGAGCAAUUGAAAUAUACCGAGUUGAUUAGCAUACAACAAUUGCCUUGCCUGGUCAAAGGUAAAGUGGAGUCGGAGACCUUCUGUAUUUCGUCCGAACCCUUUGCAUGACCACUUACCUCGUCAACGCAUAUAUCACAACCAGGUCUUGCCCUGCUCCAUCUGAGUUGCCCUCUAUUUCGUGAAAAACGCCCAAAAUCCUUACGCAAAGAACACUUGCCACUAUGGGGUCCUUUGAUCCUGCCGGGGUGCCAAUCUUCGAUAUUCGCUCAGACAAGUCGGAUCAGUCUCUUUUGGAGACGCUUAGUCGCUCGUUGAAUCCUGUCGAUGGACAGCCCCGCACAUUUCCGACGUUGUUGCUAUAUGACGGUAUAGAGGUUCUGGCUGUGUGAGACAAGUACUAAACAAUCGCAGAAAAGGGAUUGAAACUGUUUGAGGAGAUCACCUAUGUGGAUGAAUAUUACCUCACCAACGCUGAGAUCGAGGCCCUGACUAGACAUGCCAAUGCCAUUGCCUCACGAAUUCCAGCAAAUUCUCGUCUGGUCGAACUUGGAAGCGGAAACCUCCGGAAGAUCGAUAUCUUACUCAGAGCAUUCGAGAAGGCUCAAAAGUCCGUAGAAUACUACGCGCUAGACCUUUCUCUGUCAGAGCUCAAGCGGACAUUUUCCGAACUCGAUAUCACCGCGUACCAAUAUGUCACCUUUCGUGCCUUGCAUGGCACAUACGACGACGCUCUCGACUGGCUGAAGAAGGUUCGGAAGGAUGACCGGAGCACCUGUGUAAUGACUAUGGGAUCAUCAAUUGGCAAUUUCACGCGCGAGAGCGCUGCUCGAUUUCUUGCCAAUUUCAAAGCAGCGCUUACUUCCUCGGAUUUUAUUCUUGUAGGAGUUGAUGGAUGUCAGCAGCCAGACCGCGUUUACCGAGCCUAUAACGACACUCCGAAAGUGACGGAGAAGUUUUACCGCAAUGGCCUAUCACAUGCCAAUGCUAUCCUUGGCUAUGAUGCAUUCAAACAAGACGAAUGGCAGAUCGAGGGACUCUACGAUGAAAAGCUCAACAAGCAUCAGGCUUCGUAUGUUGCUCUGACAGACAUCAACACCGGAAAUUUCUCUUUCAGAAAAGGCGAAAAGAUACAUUUGGAAGACGCAUUCAAAUAUUCCGUGGCAGAAAGUGAUGAAAUGUUCCACCGGGCUGGACUGAUUCCGCAAAUGGCGUACAGCAACAGCACCAAUGACUAUUUCCUUCAUCUUCUCACACCUGCCACAAUAAAUUUUCCUACAGAGCCUACAGAAUUUGCAGCGAGCCCUGUGCCGACCUCGAAUGAUUGGCAACAGCUAUGGGCUGCAUGGGAUAUAGUCACCAAAUCCAUGGUUCCAAGAGAUGAGCUUUUGAAUAAACCCAUCAAAUUACGAAAUGACUUGAUCUUCUACUUGGGCCAUAUUCCCACCUUUGCAGAUAUUCAUGUCACCAAGGCUACAGCUGGAAAGCCGACCGAUCCUGCGUCUUAUUGGUCAAUCUUCGAGCGAGGCAUCGAUCCUGACGUUGAUAACCCUGAAGUGUGCCAUGACCAUAGUGAAGUCCCUGACUCAUGGCCACCACUUGAGGAUAUCCUCAGCUACCAGAACCGGGUACGGUCUCGCAUCACAGAAAAAAUAAGCAAUGGUGAUGCUUUUUCUGACCGCAAACUCGGCCGGGCUCUUUGGCUAGCCUACGAGCAUGAAGCGAUGCACCUGGAAACAUUUCUUUACAUGCUCCUCCAGUCUGAGCGUGUUCUACCACCACCGGGCAAAGGUGUCCCCGAUUUCAAGGCUCUUGCAGCAGAAGCUCGUGCACACCGUGUUCCGAACAAAUGGCACAAGAUUCCUACCACCAAGGUCAAGAUCGGUCUCGACGAUGCCGAAAAUGACGACGGCCCAGAUAGGUACUUUGGCUGGGAUAACGAGCGCCCCUCGCGUACCGUCCAGGUCUACGAAUUCGAAGCUCAGGCCAGGCCGAUCAGUAAUGGCGAAUAUGCUCGCUUCCUUGAAGCCACGAAGCAAGACACGCUUCCCGCAUCAUGGACCGUCUCCCCGGCAUCCGACUCGCACUCCAACGGCACGAACGGCGUGAUCAACGGCAACGACAUUGCAAAUCUCGAUACUGCUAGCCCAUCUUGGAUCCGAGGGAAAUCCGUCCGCACCGUGUAUGGUCUCAUUCCACUCCAAUAUGCACUCGACUGGCCCAUCAUGGCAUCGUACAAUGAACUUGCAGCUUAUGCAGAGUGGUCCGACGGACGAAUUCCGACCAUGGAAGAGGCGCGAAGUCUUUACAAAUAUGCCCACGAUCAGCAAGACAGUACCAUGGAGAAGGUUCCGAGUAAAUUGAUCUCGGCGGUGAACGGACACCUCUCGAACGAAGGUGUCGAGGAAACACCACCACACAACCCUUCGCUCCCCACUGGCGGCGCUGCCUCGAACGGCAGUGCUGCACCAAACGACCGACACACCAACAAUCUCGACCCGAACGACCUCUUCAUCCCGUUGACGGACACCCAAAACGUCGCCUUCCGCCACUUCCACCCGACUCCCAUCACCGGCCACGACGGGCUCCGCGGCCAAUCCGACGUCGGCGGGCUCUGGGAAUGGACCAGCACGACCCUCGCCCCCCACCAAGGGUUUUCCGCCAUGAAGCUGUACCCGGGGUACACGGCCGACUUUUUCGACGACAAGCACAACGUCUGUCUGGGCGGGAGUUGGGCCACCGUCCCUCGCAUCGCCCUGAGAAAGACCUUUGUCAAUUGGUACCAGAGGAACUAUCCCUUUGUCUGGUGUACGGCCAGACUCGUCAGGGAUGUGUCUAUCACCACUUGAUAAUACCUUGGUGAACAAGUCCGACAUUCGAUUUCGUCCAGACCUGCCAGAGGUCUUGACUCAAGAGCCCUCCAUGAGUCGGAUGGGACAACGGGACAGGAGACCACAAGAGACAUGCACAUGAACAAGGAAAUUGGAAAUUGAAACUGAGGAUGGAAUUUCAGGGUUUAAUUCGAAAGCAACAAAGUUUCUACGACCCAUCUCUCAACUCUUUCACAAUCAACUAUUUUUUUUUCUCGAAUGAAACCCCAUUUUCCAUCUACCUAUUGUACUGUAUUGUACUGUAGGUACGUUGGGAGGGCAUUAUGGGGGACAAGUAAGGUGGAAACAUAUCAACAUCACACACUCUUUUUGGAAACAUGCAAACAUAAUUGGCAAAAAUGUCGCUAUCCAUAUGCAGUAACGAAAAUUCAUGAUUGAUCCUUUUGAACCCG